AUGGUUAUUACUCUGCGAUGUGUGUUUCUGUGGCUUCUUAUUUGCCCAGCUGUGUUUGCACGAUGCUCCAAAGAACUGGAGUCUAAAAGAACACGAGAAAUCAUCCAGAAACUCUGCAGCCUGGGUAAAACGCGACCUGUGAGAUGUCAGACCGAGGCGGAAAAUAUGAACCUCCAAAGUCCAAAAUUCCCGAAACAGGAGGAGAGCAGGCUGCUGGUGUUGGAAAUGUCAUUUCGGAUUGUCUCUGAUCUCCUGCUGAAGAACGCGUCCACCGAGUGGAAGUCCAGUGAGCUGCAGCACUUACAGGAUUCACUCGGACAGCAGAGACAAUUCUACACAGCAUGUGUUCCGGUUGCCAGCUCUGCUCCUGCUGAAGUGGAAAAGUGGAGCGCUUUUUGGAGCAGUCUGGCUGAUUUUCUGUCAGAAAAGAGUUUCAGCUCGUGCGCGUGGGAAAGCGCGCGCCCUGUCAUUCUACAGGUCAUGCGCAGUUUCUACAGAUCCACUACAAAAUCCCCAAGACCCAUCAGAAGCUGUUAAUGUCUACUGUCACAAUGUUAUUUAUUUAUUUAUUUGUUAGUUAGUUUAUUUGUUUAUUUAUUUAUUUGUUUAUUUAUUGAUUCAUUCAUGGUACAGAAUCAGUCUUACGUACAGCAUGAUAAUAAUCAUCAUAUAACCACUAAUAAAUGUUUUCACAAUC